AGGUCAUAUCCCACCUCCUUUCCCAGACCAUAUACAUUCCUGCUUUCCUCACUGAUUUAGAGUGAGUGGCAGAGGUCUUCAGUUACCUGCCUGAAAAUUGAAGGGGAGGUUUGAAUAAAUCUGCAAUGGAUCUGAUCUGGAAAUUUUCCAUGGAAACCUGGUUUUUCCUGGCUCUCAUUGUCCUGCUUCUCUAUCUAUAUGGGACACACACACAUGGAUAUUUUAAGAAGCUGGGAAUUCCUGGUCCAAAACCUCUGCCUUUUUUAGGGAAUCUUCAGUCCUAUUCCAAGGGUCAAUGGUUUUUUGAUACAGAGUGUCAUAAAAAGUAUGGAAAAAUUUGGGGGUUAUAUGAAGGUAGACAACCAGUUUUAUCAAUUGCAGAUCCAGAUGUGAUCAAAACACUGCUUGUCAAAGAAUUUUACUCUUCCUUCACCAACCGUCGGCCUAUUCGUCCAACAAUCUUGAUGAAAAACUCCAUGAAUGCACUUGAAGAUGAACAAUGGAAGAGAGUACGGACAUUGUUAUCACCCACUUUCACCAGUGGAAAACUGAAAGAAGUAAGCAUGUAUGAGGUUCUCUUUUCUUUCUGUGUCCCAAUAUUUGAGAUGUUAAAUUUGUCUGUGUUUGCAAAAGAAUCUAAACAAUUUUUCAUAAACUUUGUAAGAAGAAUAAGGAAAAAUCGCUUGCCCAUACAGCAGAAGGUGGAUUUUCUUCAGCUGAUGAUCAAUUCCCAGAACUCCAAAGAGACAGAGUCCUAUAAAGCUCUAUCUGAUAUAGAGAUUACAGCUCAAUCAAUUAUGUUUCUUUUUGCUGGUUAUGAGUCGACUAGCAGUACUCUAUCUUUCAUUAUGUAUGAAUUGGCCACUCACCCUGACAUCCAGAAGAAACUGCAACAGGAGAUUGAUGAAGCUUUGCCCCAUAAGGCAUUUCCUACCUAUGAUAUUCUGGCAGAGAUGGAGUACCUGGACAUGGUGGUGAAUGAGACUCUCAGAUUAUAUCCAGUUACUAGCAGACUCUCAAGGGUCUGUAAAAAAGAUGCUAAAAUUAAUGGCAUGUUCAUUCCCAGAGGGACAAUUGUGAUGAUACCAAUAUUUGUUCUUCACCAUGACCCAAGAUACUGGAAAAACCAUGAGGAUUUCUGUCCAGAAAGGUUCAGUAAGAAAAACAAGGAAAACAUUGAGCCAUAUACAUACCUGCCCUUUGGGGCUGGACCCAGGAGCUGCAUUGGCAUGAGGUUUGCACUUAUGAACAUUAAACUUGCUACCACCAGAAUCCUGCAGCAUUUCUCCUUCCAACCUUGUGAAGAAACAGAGAUCCCCUUGAAGCUAGGAAGAAAAAAUUUGCUACAACCAAAAAAACCAAUCGUUCUGAAGAUUGUGUCAAGAGAUGGAAGCUAAAGUGGAUCCUCACUUCCCCUCGUGACUUCAGCUGUGUUCCUGAACCUGCUGUCUUGCAGAACACUGCUUUAAUUUCUUUUGAAUAAAAUUAAGUAAAAUUAAUCAGUCCAUGACUUUGGAAUGAUUAGUUUAGUACAUGCAUGGGGUUUGCUCAUUUUCACAUAUUAUCUGCUGUAUAAUGUAAAGAAAAUGACUGAGUUAGUGUCAGAUAGUCAGAUUCAGCUUCUCUGAUUCUCGUGAGAUGAUACCAUUCACCCCAGAGUUUAAAGGGCUGAUUAAAGAGUUCUGCAUAAUUUCAUCAAAAACUCUAAUGAUGUUAGAAUAAUAAAGUUUCUGUCACAUUUACAUAACCUAUUUUAUAAUACAGUCACUGAUUAUGUUGACCUGUCAUAAAUUCCAUUUUGAUUACUAGGAGACAUGAGAUUUAAUAAGUUUUGAGUUUAUUGUUUGCAAAGUACAUUCACAGUUUAAUUAUAUUUUAAAUAUUUUUGUGAAGCUCCAUGAUACAUGUAUGAUAUCUGUUCCUUGUUUUCAUUUAUUAACAUUUCUAAACAUGCUACUAGAUGUCCAGAAAGAUGCCAUUACUAUUUCACAUUCCUUCCACAUCUAUGCCUCCUUGGAAUGAACAAUGAAAUAAAGAUGAGCUAUUGGUCAAUUCA